AACACGAACUUUUUCGCCAACCCAACACCACCCCCAAAACGGUGUCUCCUCCACAAUUCUUUCUUCUACAACCAGUCCCUGCAAGUUCUCUCAAUUCAAUCCCAUCCCACACACAAACAUGGACCGCUUCUCAGAUUUACCCGAGCACCUCCUCGUCACCAUAAUCUCCUUCUUGCCCUUCAAAGAAGCAGCAAGAACCUCUCUUUUCUCCAAGCGUUGGCGCCACCUUUGGCGUUCCACCCAAACCAUCGACUUCAACGCGCGUUUCUUCAUCAACGUCGACGCAAGCAGAGAGGUGCAGAGACAAGUCUUCCUUGAUUUUGUGCGGCACUGGAUCGCAAACUACCAACAACCCACUAUAAGCAAAUUCUCUCUCGCACUCUCUCAGCCGAUAAAUUCCCAAAUGGUCGUGGAAGAUUGCAUCACCUUUUCUCUUGCGCGCAAUGUCAAACACCUGGUGCUUGAUUUUUCUGACCCCACAUGGAAUGAAGAUGACUUUGAAGGUCUUGCCGAUCCGACGUCGUAUGAGUUGCCUCUCUCUGUUUAUGGCCAUGAACAAGUUCUUGAAUCUCUGACUCUGUUUUCUUGCAAGUUUAAUCCUUCUGGAUUCAAGAAUUUUGGGUUGCUUAAAGAAGUUUCGUUGGGUUGGGUUGAAGUGGGAGCAUGCACUCUCAAUGCUUUGCUUGUGAACUGUGGGUAUCUUGAGAGUUUGAGCUUGAAACGCUGUUGGAGCAUGGAGAACUUUCUUCGUGUUUGUGGAAGGGGCUUAAGGCUGAAAACUUUGGUGGUUUAUAAGUGCAGGUUUUAUCAUCCUUGUUUUGUAGUUGAGGUACCAAAUCUGAGUUGCUUGAGGUACACUGGGACCCUGCCAAGUUUUGAUAUAUCCAGAAAUAAUAGAGGCUUAGAUGAGGUGGAGCUUGACUUUGGGCUUGAGUCUGUGUGCAGUUGUUCUAUGGCUGAUUUUCUCUAUAAGCUCUUCUUUCAAGUCUUUCCCUUGAGGGCAUUGACUGUUUGCACCUACAUACUCCAGGUUGUUACCAUGGGAGAGGAUUUCAUAGGUAUGGAGCCGUCUUUUCCCCUUACACACUUGACAUUAAAAACAGCAAUGCAUGACUACGAACAAGUCGGCAUCCGAUAUUUCUUGAACAGCUGUCCUCAUUUGGAAACUCUUGAGAUCCAAUUAGGCCCCGGCAGAAUUUUUCAUGAUGAUUAUGAAGCUCCAUAUAAUCCACUGGAUCCUCAUGAACUGUGGAUCCGCCAUCCAGUAGUUUUCUCGUGCGUGACUCAAACUUUGAGGGAGGUUGAGAUCAAGGGUUUCAAGGGGACACCAAAUGAGAUUUACGUGCUGAACUAUCUGGUCACCAAUGGCCGUGUCAUGAAAAAGCUUACUGUGAUUACUUCCAGGGAAAUGAGCAAUCGUGGAAACCCAACAGUUUAUCGGAAUAUUGCCAAAGAAGCGCUUAUGAUCAAAAGUGCCUCGCAAAAUCUGCUCAUAACGGUUCUUUAAAUGAUAAAUGACUUGAUCAACCUGUUGUUGUAUGCCUCUAGUGAUAGGAAUACUUUCAUGCGUUUUGGAAGAGAAUUCUUGUAUAGGGACUGCUCAUACGGCAACAGAGCCCUUCAUUAUUGGAGUCAGUCCCUACCCGAGAGUCACUUGUUUUUUGAAGGUCGAAGAUGUCUAGAUCAAAUUAAAGAUUCGGACAACAACUAAUACAUGAGCAGAUGUAGUAAUGAAUGACUAAUGUGAACUA